AUGUCCAGUCAAGAUUACUACGGCAGUCAAUAUCCCCCUGAGCAGCACGGGUACGGGAACACUGGCGAGCAAGGCUAUGAGCAAGGCUAUCAGCAAGGCUAUCAGCAAGGCCAUCAGCAAUGGCAACCUCCAUCUGGUCCCCCUCCCCCUCAUGGCUACGGUGACCAGUCCUACAACCAGGGCUAUGACCAGCACAGAGCGCAUGACUAUGACCAGAACAGACCAUACGACUACGCGUCUCCGCCGCCACAGGACUACCAGCAGCCCUACGGCCAUCAAGGAGGUCAUCAAGCCCCAAUUGACCAGUAUUCCCAUCACGCAAAUCAAUAUACCUCCCCUCCACCCGACCAUUCCUAUCAUCAACCCAAUUAUCCCACUCAUACCCCUGAUUAUAGUUAUGGCGAUCAAGCUCAACGUGCCUACUCGCCUCACCCACCCCCUGCCCAGAGCCAGUAUGACACCUUCACACCACCACCAGGGCCUCCACCAUCGCACAUGGGUGGAACUUACCCUCCGCAACCCGGAGCGCCUUUUGACCCCAACGACCAAACCUCCCAAGACCGCGGGCUCAUGGGCGCUGUAGCUGGAGGCGCGUUAGGUGCCUACGGUGGCCACAAAGUGAACCAUGGCUUUCUCGGUGCUGUGGGUGGCGCUAUAGCCGGCUCCUUGGCCGAGGACGCUCUCAAAAAGCACAAGAAGGAAAAGAAGCAGAAACUUCAACGCCCUGCCGGGCUCCGGCGGAACUCUUCUUCCAGCUCGUCUUCCUCUUCGAGCAGCAGUUCUUCGGACGACGAGACCAAGAAAAAGAAGAAAUACGGCUUAGCCGCCGCGGGCGUGGGCGUGGGUGUGGGCGGGGCUGCUGCGUACGGGAUGCACCAACAUCAAAAACAGCAACAUCAAGGCCACGGCCCUGCUCCGAUGCGCGGCAACUUCUCUGCCUCUACGCACAGUAUCACGCUGGAUCGAGACUACGACCUCAUCGCCUCCUGCACCAACGUCCACGGCGAACACAAGCUCUCGUCCAUUUCGCUGAACAACUGCCUGACCAACUCGCACGGACAUUUUGCGUGGCAUCGAGGAGGGAACUUCGGUGCCAGCGCCCGGAACGUCAGGCUGAUUGAGAACGGCAAGGUAUUGGAAGCGGAACUGGGCACGGGCGACGGGAGAUGGAACAGGGAUUGGAUCCGCCUCGACGAGCGCAUAAGCAACAACGAUGGGGAGUUGAUCUUCCUAGAAUAA